AUGCCGGGGAUGAUGGCAGCGAAGACCCAGCCAAUUGAUAAAGUCCAGAAUCGGACGAAGAAUACUGAUGAAGAUAAUGACGAGAACACUGCGGCGUGCUCGAAAGGCGGCGAAGGAGAGGUCAUCGUGAGCAUUCUCCAGCUCUUGUAUGACUUUGUGGAAAUAGAUGAUGCUGUUGAGGAGGGAGAAGAUUUCGGUGGCUAA